CCGACGACCAAUUAAAAAGGCCGGAUUCCAGAGACGUUUCGUAGGCUCCGCCCUGAAGGAUUACACCAAUCACACGCGGGGCUGGGUCAGGGUUGGUUGGAGCGUAGGAACGGAGGAACUGCUGCUGUCACCGGAAAGCCCAGCUGUCCAUCCAGAACCAUGGGAAAGAAGAGUCGAGUGAAGACUCAGAAGUCCGGCUCAGGAGCCAGCACCGUGGUUUCCCCCAAAGAGAUGAUGAACCUCAUCUCUGAGCUGCUGCAGAAAUGCAGCAGUGCAGCACCCUCUGCUGGUAAGGAGUGGGAGGAGUACAUCCAGAUCAGAGGCAUGGUGGAGAAGAUCUGCAAGAAACAGAAGGGUAUAUCAGUAGUGUUUGAGGGCAGCAGGGAGGACCACUUCGCAGACCUGAUGUCCUGGGCCGAGGAAAACGGAGCUUCCUGUGACGGCUUCACUGUCGCCAACUUCGGCACAGAGGGUUACGGCCUGCGGGCCACCAUGGACAUCAAGGCAGACGAACUAUUCCUGUGGAUUCCCAGGAAGAUGCUGAUGACAGUGGAGUCGGCCAAGAACUCUGUGCUGGGUCCUUUGUACAGUCAAGACCGCAUCAUGCAGGCCAUGGGCAACGUGACGCUGGCCCUCCACCUGCUCUGCGAGCGGGCCAACGCCGCCUCACAGUGGCUGCCGUACAUCCGCACUCUUCCCCAGGAGUACGACACGCCGCUGUACUACCAGCAGGACGAGGUGGAGCUGCUGCUGGGCACACAGGCGGUGCAGGACGUUCUGAGCCAGUAUAAGAACACUGCACGCCAGUACGCCUACUUCUACAAACUGGUACAGACUCAUCCUGCUGCCAGCAAACUGGCCCUGAAAGACAGCUUCACAUUUGACGACUACAGGUGGGCGGUGUCCUCCGUGAUGACCCGUCAGAACCAGAUCCCCACGGAGGACGGCAGCCGGGUCACUCUGGCCCUCAUCCCCCUCUGGGACAUGUGCAACCACACUAAUGGACUGAUCACCACCGGCUACAACUUGGAGGACGACCGCUGCGAGUGUGUGGCGCUGCAGGACUACAAGGAGAACGAACAGAUCUACAUCUUCUACGGCACAAGGUCCAACGCCGAGUUUGUCAUCCACAACGGCUUCUUCUACCAGGACAACGCCCACGACCGGGUGAAGAUCAAGUUGGGUGUCAGCAAGAGUGAGCGCCUGUACGCCAUGAAGGCCGAAGUGUUGGCGCGCGCCGGCAUCCCAGCGUCCUGUGUCUUUGCUCUGCACUGUAACGAGCCCCCCAUAUCAGCCCAGCUCCUGGCCUUCCUCAGAGUCUUCUGCAUGACUGAGGAGGAACUGAAGGACUAUCUGCUCGGAGAUCACGCCAUCAACAAGAUCUUCACGCUGGGCAACAGCGAGUUCCCCGUCAGCUGGGAGAACGAGAUCAAGCUGUGGACAUUCUUGGAGACCCGAGCCGCUCUGCUGCUCAAGACCUACAAGACCUCCUCAGAGGAGGACCGCUCCAUGCUGGAGAAACCCGAUCUGUCCGUGCACUCUCGUGUGGCCGUGCAGCUCCGCCUGGCUGAGAAGCAGAUCCUGGAGAAGGUGUCGUCAAACGGGCGGGCCAAACGUCUGCACUUCCAGAAGAAGCUGGAGGACGGCGAACCGCUGCUUCACUGCGAGGAAAGCGAUAUUGCCUUGCUGGAGAACACGGAUGCAGAUGCGAAGCUUCCCAUUAUCCUGCGCAAGCUGGAGGAGGUGGAGGAAGGCCAGGAGAUCCCGGCGGAGGAGCACUGUCACCUCCUGAACGGGGAGGAGGCGGUGUACAGGAUGGAGGCCAACGGAGAUCCGGUGCUGGAGGAGACGCGGGAGGUCAGCAAAGAUGUUCAUCCAGCUCUGGACUCGAGUGCAAGUUCAAACCAGAACGGCCAACAGGAAGUGGCCGACCCAAGUGCCAGCCGAACUGAAGAGAAUCCCAAAGAGAGGAGUGAAUAAAUGUAUUCCACUUACAGCCACAGCCCACGCUAUUUAUUUAUUUUUGCGUCUCUCAGAUGACUCAGAAAUAUAGAGGCCUAGAAGACGAUAGAACGUGGCUGAACUGUGUGGUCGUCCGGCGCGGCUUUUCUUAGUCGUCUGCUGCUGCUGAACGCGUGUCCCUCACCUCUCUGUGCAGAACAUGUUCACAUUCAGAUCAGUUUGUGUUUUAAGUUUGACAUGUAGGUUAAUAUUGAAACUGUUUGUGGCAGGUGGGAGGGGUCCCAGCAGGUGGAUUGAUUACAAAACUAGACGGAUACCUCCGCCAAGACCCAACAGUCCCCUUAAAUUAUAUCAAGUUGCACCAAAUUGCACCCACUCACAGAUAUCUGUUCCUGCAAUAUGACAGAUUUUUUUUUUUCAUCAGGGUCCAUGAACUAUUCAUUUGGAAAUCUGCGAUGUCAACUGACAAAAAAGGCCCUAUCAGACUGUUGGAUAAAUAAGUCAAAACUCCUGACAAACAGUCGGGGGUUAAGAACAGAAGCUCCUUGGCGGAGGUCAAAAAAAAAGAUAAGAUAAGCAUUUUAGAUCAGUAAGAUUCAUGUUAUUUCCACAAAGCCAAACCCUCUCUGAUUGCCACACGUGUCCAGUGUGUUUUGAGUUGACAAUCUCAUUUAGUUCUUUCCGUAGAGCAUUUAGGGGUGUGCUGCUGAUUGAACACCAUCACAGGCCUUUCUCUGCUUCAAGUCACUCUCAGGCUGAGUGGUGACAGUUCACCUACAGUCUGAGACGUACUCCUGCUGUUGACAGGCCAGAAUAAUAGAUGCUUUUUUGCGUUUCACCACGUAGUCGCAGCUCUUCUUAGGAAACUCUUUUCAUCUCAUGUUUUUAACGUAUCUCUGUGAAUGAAGUCCGUUCGUGUCAGGAUGAGAGUCUGUGAAUGGGACUGAAAAGGGACUGACGUGUGGCGCAGUGCUCGCUGAGGGCGCUGACCGAAAACCUGACACUCAUUCUUAUCUCUAAGUACUUAGGAUCUAACUUUAGAGUGUUCCGUCACCAUUUGUUGGAAACACUUAGCAUGAAGUAGUACAACAACGUCGUCACUCACCCUCCUGCGGAGCCGCAGUUCAGCGAUGGCUCUGCGCGUGGCUCACUUUCACAACGUCCCGUAUCCGACACACUUGUCUCCGAGGCUUCGGCCACAUUUGCUCUCCGACGUGUGCUCGUUGGUUCAGGUGUCGUCAUGUGACCUAGGUGAUAACAAGUGGGCUGAUCACUUCAAGUAUCGUUAUCUUUACCCGGUACCUAAUGUCUUUGGCAUUGGAUGUCCACAGUUCUCCAGACCUUCCCUCGACUCCGCGGCUUUCACCCCUCCCGCGUCCCUUCAGCGUUCAGGGCCAAAGGUCAACGGAUUACCAUCAUUCACACACACACACACACACACACACACACACGGCCAUUUAUUACCACGUGACUGAAGUUCCGUAUUUACUUCAGGUCGCUCGAUCAGGUCCAAACCGUCUACUGAACAAACUGAUGAGCGCCGAUGAAGACCAUGAGAUGUGGCCGAAAAUUAAAGGAGACACUCAUUUACCCUUCAGUAUGUUUUGACUCCAAGGGGCAGUGAGCGAUUCUAAAGAAACACAAGCUUUGUAAAAAUCUGCCAAUAUUUCCUCACCAUCAGAAAAUCAAAACAACAACGAGAGGAACGAGUUGAGCUGUACAAACGUGCACCAGGAUCAUAAUAAUAAUAAUAAUAACCCUCAAGUGGCUCCGAGGUGGAACUGUCCGUCUGUAUUCUGGUUCACUGUUAAAAAUGAACCGCGCUCACUCGGCGGUGGAGCUCACGUCGCCUGUGGACGAGUGCAGUGCCCGUCCAACUGGACCGUUGUCUCAGUUCACAAGGAAACCACUCAUUCACACGACACAGUGGACACACAAGAUACACACCUGCCAAUCAGGAGCGAGCUGUGGUCACACUCGCUGUGCUUCCUGCGCUGACUCCAGCCCACUUGCAUUUCUGCCUCAUCUUACAGUUAUAAGUGAAAACAUGUGUUUAUUUUAUUUAAAAAAAAAUGUAGAAUCAUUCAAAUCAAAAAAAAUCAAAACCCAAAUCUCACGUACCCAUAAUAACUCAAAAGUCUUUGUCGAAGCAGUCACAGCCUCCAGACUUCUUUGUUGAGCUUUGCACCCCUGGAGUUCUUCUUCCUUCUUCUGAGACCAACAGACACUCAUUUAACUCUCAGACAGAAAUCAUUGUAAUAUUUGCCAAAAUCUUUAACAUCAAUGCACAACCUGUUGGCAGAUCUUCCCAAAAAAGAAAAAAAAAAGACGAAUGAAUGUUUUGGUGGAAUUAAAAUGGAGAGCUCCAACUCUCCCUGCUCUCGCCUGCUUUUUUGUCGUUUGUUUGCAGGAGAUAUGAAUGAAGAGGUGGAUAUGCCACAGGUGAUCCGUCGCUUAACCUUUGACCCCCCACCCCCACCCCACAGACGGACAGCUGCCGUGCGCUGGGCCGCUCGGUGUCGACCCGUUCGGCUCAGGGGUUGUUCCCUCUCCACCGCAGUUUCGCCCGAGGCCACACGAUGCUCUUGUUUUGUAUCACUUCUGUCACGUUUCCAUCACAAAUCUGUAUUUUUUUAUGCAACCAUGUACAUUUACUGACCUGCGCUGCUUUUCUAAAGACUUCCGUACCACUGUGUGUGUGUGUGUGUGUGUGUGUGUGUGUGUGUGUGUGUGUGUGUGUGUGUGUGUGUGUGUGUGUGUGUGUGUGUGUGUGUGUGUGUGUGUGUGUGUGUGUGUGUGUGUGUGUGUGUGUGAUCCUAGCUUUAGCCACACCCCUCUGUCUGGCUGUCUGCAGUAGUCGUGGGUCUCUCUCACUGUAUAGUACAGUACAGAACAAACCGGAGCUGAAAAGGAAAGUGAUCCUGAAUCUGUCGACAUCUGAAAGAGAUUAAACUUCAUCUUGUUUCUCA